CUGGCUCGAGCACUUCAGAUUAACGCUUUGGUAGCGUGCCGACAACGUGACCAAAAAAUGCGCCUCUUCGUCCUCGCCGCGGCUCUGGCCCUGCCCACUGUCCGUGCCACAUGCUCAAACAUGAUGCAGGACGGGAACGAGACGGGCGUCGAUUGCCCGACCAAGGAGGUGUACGAGGAGCUCCUGGGCGAGACUCUACUGAUUUACACGGGAGCCGCACUUGACGAGGAGCCAUGUAUGACGAGCGAGCAAUUUGAGAAUCUGAUCGAUGACUUGGCCCUGACCGACCUCUUUCCCAACGACACCUUCGAAGAGGCCGACGCCGACAGCGGCGAGUGCGUGAACGUCACAGAGGCCGUGGCCUGGGUCAAAGGGCUUGACAAGUCGUCCCGCGAUGAGCUCAUCGACGCGUUCCUCAACAAGCCGGAGCCCGACACCCUCGAUCAGCUCACCGACGUCCCCGAGGCUAUCGCAAAGGCGACGAACGUCGUGCGCCUCGUCCUCCACACUCGGCGAAAGUCCACAACCAUCUAUCCGGGCAAGCGCGACAAGCUCCUCGAGGCCGUCGCGAACCUCGUCUCGGUCUCGCUCGAGGCGAUCCGCAUGACCAUCUUCCCCGCACAGAGUUCCAAUCCCGACGCUUCCGGCGGCGACGCUCGCCGCCGCCUCGAGAGCGGCGGCAGCGUGUUGACCUUUGAUAUCUUUGCCUCUUCGUCCGGCGAUGCCGCCCAGUACACCAAAAGUCUCAACGAGGGGCUUUCCUCGCCGUCGGUUGCUUCGGCGACGCUCGGCCUCGAGAUCGCCGAGGUGAAGGAGAUCUCGGAGAGGCCCGUGGCGGGCAACGCGCCCAUCCCGUUCGCCGAGGCUGCCGUCGCGGCCGUGGCGCUGGCUCUGGGCCUCGCCGUCAUCGUCGCAGCCAAGCUUCUCGCCGACAGGCGGCGCGCGGCGCGCGGCGAGUCGUACCGCGGCUGCAUGGCCUCUGGCUGCUGCUCCUUCCACGCCAUGGCGGCGUGGUCGAGCGGCGCGCUGCUGGCGGCCGCAUUCUUGCUCGGCGCGAUGCUCGCCAUCUACUUCCGCAUCGACCCGCUCGUGCAGGACAUCGACAGCAUCCUCGACGCGAUCGUCAACCUGGCCAACUCGACGGACCAAGCCGAAUCGGCGCUCGAGUCGGUGCCGACCGACGUCGUGGACCAGCUGAAGCCGUACACAAGGUGGUUCACGCUCGCCGUGCUCCUCCCUGCCGCCCUCCUCCUCGCCGUCCUGCUCCUCGCCGGCGGCUGCGGCCUGCGCAACGCCAGGGUGUACCGCGGCACCUGCUGCGCCAAGUGCUGGGUGGUCCUCGGCUACCUGCUCGCCCUCCUCGCGCUGGUCGCCUACGCCUUCUUCCCGGCGCUCGCCGUCCUCUCGCGCACGAGCCUGGCGCAGGAGGAGCUGCGCGAGUACCUCGGCGUCUGCGAGUCGUCGCUCCCCGUGCUGGAGCAAGCCAAGAGUGACGCCGAAGCCAUCCUCCAGCUGGCGGAGAAUGCCGACCCGCCCAUCAACGCGCAAGACCUCGCGGACCAGAAAGCCGAGUACGACCGGCAGAGUUUUGCCUUUGCAAACUUUAAGGCCCUCUGCGGCGGCGCGACGGGCCUGUUCGACGAGUUGCCGUCGCUGUUUGCGCCCGGGGCCAUCGCGGUCGCCGCCGCGCUCCUCGCGAUGUUUGUGCUCAAUGGCGAGUGCUGCGCCGCCAACUGUUGCAGCAAGCCGACCGCCUGGUCCGAGCCAGUCAAGAUGACGCCGGCAGGGUCCUCCGCGGCUGCACGAAGGAUGCGCGAUUCCAUCUGAUGCCUGCGACCGUCCGAGACGACUCUCUCGCUUCUCUCACCGCCCGUACGUUGGCUAGUACCGGGUAGCAUGUUGUGGGGCGUGCAUGUGAAUGCGCACGUUGCAGUACUCUAUCUCUGAGUGGUCUCUCUGGACUCUGCGCUCACGUUGAAGAGACUUUUACAAUUUCAUUACUGUUCUAGAGAUAGCAAUAGUAGAGUGUUUUUGUACUUAUGGUGAUAGAUGACCAUUUCAA